GACAAAGUUUCGUAUCUUCAGAGAGGGUGGGGGAGUCAGGCCAAAAACCGCUUGAUCAGGGGGCACAAUGGUUGAUUUCGGUUCAGUUGAGCAACGAACCAUAUCGUAAAAGGUGGGGCUCCUUCGACGUUUAAACUUGAAUGCAGUUGACAUUGCAUUAUAUUUUCACUCGCAUCAUUGGCUCUCGAUACUUAAUCCUCGUCCUUUUCAUCAGCUCGUAAACAGCUAGAUCUGGCCAACAUGUCUACCGAAAAUCUCAUUAAGGCCAUGCGUAACAACGACGUUGAGCAAUUCCGCGCCAUUCUGUCCGAAAAGUCCAGAUCACACGAACUUCAAACUUUGGACUACGAGAGGCUGCUGCACAAGGCUUUGAAGCUUGGGUGUAGACGAAUUGCCAAUAUACUCCUUGACGAAAAUCACGUGGUGGCCAACGCCAACAGAAACAUCACCGACGCUUUGCUACACAUGGCCGUGAAGAAAUACGGACGUAUGAAUCAGUGGAUCAACCUGAUCGUGAAGAUGAUAGAAAAAUUACACCCUAGAUUGUCGUAUCAAGACGAGAAUGGAAACACCGUGGUGCACGUCGCGUUUCAGACUUUUGCUAAUGACAGAUUAAUAGAUUUGCUGCUGAAGGCCUAUGUCGAGGAGACGGUUCAGAAUAUUAUCAACGGAAGCGGCUUGACUGUCAUGCAUAUCGCCUGCACAAGAGGCGAUCUCGAUGCCGUUACCAAACUCCGUGGCGACGUCGACGUGAACGCUCAGGUCUUUCACGACUCCGAAACAUUAGAAGCUGGUAACUCCGCUCUUCAUUUUGCCGUUGAAUACAAAAAAUUAGAUAUUGCAGAGUUCCUUUUGAAAGAUAAAGCGAACGUGAACGUACAAAAUAUUCAUGGCUCGACUCCCCUGCACGUGGCGUGCGAUCAACGAGACGUUAGUAUGGUUGAUCUUCUCCAUUCUUAUGACCAGAUUAAUAGGAACGUCAGGAAUCAGGUUGGUCUCACGCACUUCAUGACAGCCUGCAUGGCUACCGAUUCUGCGGUUGCAAAGAAAUACAUACUUAUGGCUGAGGUGCUGGACGAGAUGUCACCGGCCCCCUUGAUUAACCAUAAAGUAACGAUUCGGGACACCUACCCGUACAGCGGCUACAGCCCAUUACACUUCGCUGUUGCAUACGGGCGCACCGAAACGGUCAAGUUGCUCUUAGAGCACGGAGCUGACUGCAGUGCUGUUGCCGAUCAUGGGGUUACGCCUCUUGAUCUUGCUGAGGAACACGAUCAUACAGAGAUCUGUUCGAUUUUGACAGAGCAUAUACGGACGGUUCGGGCAAAACUUGAUGUUAAAGAGGCAGAAAAAAAGAAAUCCUUGCCUUCCACUAGUCAAUCCGAAGCAAGUACUAGUGCUACUGUUUCUCAAGAGCCCCAACCAAGCACAAGCGGUAGUGCACCGCAAGCCAGUAUUCCGCGCGAGAGAAUACCGGGUACCGACUAUUACGUUACUGGCCAUAACCCUUUUUCGUGCUCCGUAUCUUAGUUUGCUUUGAUAAAAUUCUAUUCGUUUAAUAUGCUGACUUUUAUUUUAAUUUUAAUUUUACAUGUUUCGCGUAAAAUCAUGGAAAUGAUCGACUAAUCAAGUAUUCGUUUAGACAAUUGUCUCAGUUUUUAAUGAGGUUCGGCUCGUGUAUCAAAACGUUAUGUUAAUAUUAAUAGAACUCACGGUAAGUCCAUGUGUUUAAAUUUAAACGUUUAAUAUGAUGUCAGCCAUAAGAAAUACAUUGUACACCAAUUUUAAACACAUAGGAUUUUACCGUGAUUAUUAUAUGUGUUAUGUGCACGUCAUAUUUAGUGUGAAACUAUACGUCUCAUUUUUAAUUAAAUCAUGUUCAACGAUUUUUAUUAAUACUCGUUAAUGGUUAACGAUUACAGGUAUAAAUAGAGUCUUCAAAUAAUAUCGAUUUAUUUGCAACUUUUGAAUCAAUUUCUUUGUGAGUAUUGCUAGUUUUCAAUCAUGUAUGUAUGUCAUAUAUACUAUGGUAACGAUGUUGGUAUAAUUUUAUGUAUUAUAACCAGAAAUUAAUUUUUAUGUAAGAUUCGUUUGGACAUGUGAUUAUUUUUAGAUUGAUUAAACUAUGAUUUUAUCAACGUUAUUUUCUUUAUUCUCCAGUUAUUUUACAUAGUAUAACAAUAGCUACUUCCCUUGAGUAUACGUCAUUUAUGAUAAUCAACAUUUAUAACAAUAAAACGCGCAUCACAAUUACAGGAGCUUAUUGCUCGGAAGGAUUCUUAAUGUUACUGAUAAACAGACUACUCUCCUUUCUUCGAUAAUUAUAGGCAUUAAACCUCAUUGAAUUGUAAAAUAUAGCUGAUUUAAUUUUUCACAGCUGGUUUAUAAAAAUUAUCCGAAAAUAUGUUCAACUACAUUGCGGCAUGAUGAAACUUAGAUUCAACUAAAUUGUACGUUAUAAAUUUAUGCCACUUGGAGAUGAGAAUAAUUAUUAAGAAUUUAUAAGCGAUACCUCAAUAAAUACAUUACAACUUAAUGAUAAAAUUUAAGAUUGAUUUUUUCGUUGAAUAACAGUAGAAAAUUCAGAGAGUAUAAGAGUUCAAAACGAAAACUAAAAUUUCAGUUCGCCUACAGUCGACUAUGUGUGUAACCUUAAUUGGGCAGCGAUGAGUCAUAAAUAGACAGUAUAAGCGUUCUUUUCUAUUUGUAAUCACAACGGAGAUAGUAGAUGCCUAUACUCCUAUAUCUAUCUUCGUGGGACAUCGUUUGACUAGUUCUAUAUUGUUCUGUUACCAUGCGAAAGGUAGAUAAUCAGAGUGCGACAUUGGUACAGCAAUUAAUAAUUUGCUUGUGAUAAAGAAGCCAUUUAAUUAUACGUAUGUGGAGUCAUUAUAAUCGUUGUUCUUAAUAAACACGCUUCCACAUUAUUUUUCACACUUACUGUCCCUCGAAACACACUUAUCUUUUAAAAAGUCACGCGCCAAAUACUUAUUGUACACAUAGCGAUAUGCCUCUAUCUUCCCUUCUUUUCCGGUCGCUAGUCGCGCGGAUAACCGAAAAAUCAUAAAUAAGAGCUGCGCUUGAACGUAUCAGUGUGCCUCUAGACGUCGAAAGUAAAGGAAAUCUUGAAUAACGGAAAAUGAAGCUGCUUGUAGUUUUUUUGUUGCUCAUUGCUGUCACCUUGAGUACUGCUAAUUUUAUUUCAAACAUCUUGCCGGAAAAAUGUAACGGUCCCCAAAGCGUUCUGUGCUCCAUCAAAUGUCUGUCGAACAAUCACGUUUGUCUGAAAUCUAGCGAGAGUUUAGGCUACACGUGCACGUGCUUGUAACAACAACGGCACACUCAUCCGGUCAGCAUCAGAAUAAUCGAUUCUCAUCCAACAGACGACUAAACGGCAGUUUCAAGCCCAUCGACGAUUACUAUUUUUCCACCCAGAUUUCAAAGUAUCAUUAUGACAUAUUGUAUGAAUAAAAUGUAUGAAUAAACAGUAAAAUUUAAUUUAUAAACUUA